UCCAGCUGUUGCGAUCACGUGACAGUCCAGGUCCAGUCAGGUCACGUGGUGUGUUUUGUUGACGGUUGUCCCUACAUUUUGUGAUGCGUUCACGGGCAGCUGCUGCAAUGUCGCUUUGCUAGCGGGCACCGGAGCGGACUGAAGCAGAGAAGCCCAGACACCCGGACCCGGGCCGCAGACUACACGUCCUGCCGGGUCACUCAUGCCGAGCCGGGCCGAGCCUCGGCGGUGUCGGUGAAGGGAAGAAGCCCCCGCAGUGAUGCUAUCGAUGCGGGUUUGAGACAGGAAAAGGAGGAAGUGCUUUUCACCUCGACAGGAGCGCAGCUUUGUGGAGUUCACGUGUCUGGACCAUUGUUUUUAAAGAAGUCUGACGGGACAGAGCCCUGUGCUUUCAUCCAAAAUGGCUAUUGUGAGGCAAUUUGGACUGCUGGUGUGGAAGAACUAUCUUCAGCAGAAACGUCAAAUCCUGGUAACUCUGGUGGAGAUACUCCUGCCCUUGCUCUUCUGCGGCAUCCUCAUCGUGCUGCGUCAGAAGGUGCCUUUUAAGGACUUCCCUAAUGCCACGGUCUAUGAGAGCUACGCUGUCGAUGCACUCCCCAAGACGUUCUUGCAGCACUUGCAGCUGGCCUACGUGCCCGGUAACUCCAGUGUGGUGCGUCAGGUGGCGGAGGAGGUGCGAGCCCGCCUGUCUCUCUCCUCAGUGCGUGGCUUUGAAACAGAGGAGCAUUUUGACCAGUUCGUGAGGAAUGAUCCUCUAUCAGGGAAGGUGCUGGCUGCGGUGGUGUUCGACCAUGCUUUCCAUGACGAUGAACCUCUGCCUUUAAAGGUGAGGUACCACCUGCGGUUCUCCUUCACCCCGCGCAAUGCCCCAACCAGGGAGAUGUCGGAGCUGAACCCGAACAGUGACCUGGACUGGCACACACUCAGUCUCUUUCCCCUUUUUCAACUGCCAGGGCCAAGAGAGCAGUAUGAAAAGGAAGGGGGCACGCCAGGUUAUUAUCGAGAGGGCUUUCUGGCGGUGCAGCAUGCAGUGGACAGAGCCAUCAUGCAGUCUUACAACAGCACUGCAGCUGCCCCUCUGCUGCGACAGAUCAGAGUGGUCCUGUCACGGUUUCCGUACCCUGCCUUUAUAUAUGACGUCUUCAUCUUGGCCAUUCAGAACCAACUGCCCCUACUUCUGGUGCUCAGCUUCACGUACACAUCCCUCAACAUUGUACGAUCAGUUGUGCUGGAAAAGGAAAGGAAGCUCAAGGAGUACAUGAGGAUGAUGGGUCUCAGCAACUGGCUCCACUGGAGUGCCUGGUUCCUCAUGUUCUUCCUCUUCCUCUCCGUUUCAGUCUUUUUUUUUACCUUGCUGCUCUGUAUCCAGGUGAGCCCAAACGGCGCGGUGCUGAGCUACAGUGACCCCACACUGGUCUUUGUCUUCCUGCUCAUCUUCACUGUGGCCACCAUCAACUUCAGCUUCAUGAUCAGUGCCUUCUUCUCACGAGCCAAUGUAGCAGCAGCAGCGGGCGGCUUCAUUUAUUUUCUGAGCUACUUGCCUUAUUUGUUCCUGUGGCCACGCUACGACUUACUGAGCCAUGCCCAGAAGGUGUCAGCCUGCCUUAUCUCCAACGUGGCCAUGGCCAUGGGUGCGCAGCUCAUUGGAAUGUUUGAAGGCAAAGGUACAGGAAUCCAGUGGUCUAACCUGUUUGACUCUGUCACUGUGGACGACGACUUCUCCAUGGCCCAGGUUCUGGCCUUGCUGCUGUUCGACUCUAUUCUUUAUGGGCUGGUAGCCUGGUACAUGGAAGCAGUUUUUCCUGGGGAGUAUGGAGUGCCUCUACCUUCCUACUUCUUUGUACUGCCUUCAUACUGGUGCAGCAGCCCUCGCAUGGCUCUGGUGAAUGAGAAAGAGGAAGAGGAGGAUGCAGAAAAGGCUCUGAAAGGAGAGUUUAUAGAGGAAGAACCAGCUGGAUUAGUCUCUGGGAUCAAGAUCAAGCACCUUGUUAAGGAAUUCAAAGUGGGCAACAAGACACGUAAAGCAGUGCGGGAUCUUACGCUGAACAUGUUUGAAGGACAGAUCUCGGUGCUGCUGGGACACAAUGGUGCUGGAAAGACGACGACGCUGUCCAUGCUGACAGGUCUUUUUCCUCCCACCAGCGGCAGGGCCUACAUCAACGGUUACGACAUCUGUCAGGACAUGGCUCUGAUCCGCCGCAGUUUGGGACUCUGUCCUCAGCAUGACGUACUAUUUGAUAACCUCACAGUCAGAGAGCACCUGCUUUUCUUCGCACAGUUGAAAGGCUUCUCCAAAGACAAGAUUCCAGAUGAGGUGGACAGAAUCCUCCGUAUCCUGAACCUCGAGGACAAGCAGGACGCUCGCUCCAAGACCCUCUCUGGUGGCAUGAAGAGAAAACUCUCUAUUGGCAUUGCCCUCAUUGGAGACUCCAAGGUUGUAAUGUUAGAUGAGCCUACAUCGGGUAUGGACCCCUCAGCUCGACGUGCCACCUGGGACCUCCUGCAAGGCGAGAAACGUGGUCGCACCAUUCUGCUUACCACGCACUUCAUGGACGAGGCUGAUCUACUCGGUGACCGAAUCACCAUCAUGGCAGGAGGAGAGCUGCAGUGCUGCGGGUCACCGCUCUUCCUUAAGAACAAAUAUGGUGCUGGCUACCACAUGGUGAUAGUAAAGGACGCUCUUUGUAACGUGUCCGAGAUCACCCGCCUUGUCCACAUGUAUGUUCCUAACGCCACGCUGGAGAGCAGCGCCGGAGCCGAGCUCUCUUACAUUUUGCCCAAAGAAAGCACCAGCAGGUUUGAGCUGCUGUUCGCUGAGCUGGAGAUGAACAGAGAGGAACUUGGCAUCGCCAGCUAUGGAGCUUCUGUCACCACCAUGGAAGAAGUUUUCCUCAGAGUGGGAAAGCUGGUAGAUUCCAGUUUGGACAUCCAGGCUAUCCAGCUGCCCGCCCUUCAGUACCAACAUGAGAGACGGUCCCAUGACUGGACCACAGAUGACGCCAGCAGCAUCAGCGGCAUGACUGAUGUCACCGACUUCACAGACAGCGGCACUCUCAUCUCAGAGGACUGCUCCAACAUCAAGCUGAACACAGGGGUCAGACUCCACAUGCAACAGUUCUAUGCCAUGUUCCUGAAGAGGGCGUUGUACAGCUGGAGAAACUGGAAGGUGAUGGUGGCUCAGUUCCUGGUUCCUUUGGUCUUCACUGUCCUGGCCUUAGUUGUGGCACGCACUUUCCCCAGUCACCAGAAUGCCCCUCAGCUGAGGCUGGCACUCAGCCGCUACGGUCCCACCAGGGUCCCUUUGGCCCUGCAGCCCGGGGCGAGUCCCCUGGCUUCUGCUCUGGCAAACACAUACACUUCACAGCUCCCCGACCAGCUAGGCCAACUCAUCAACAUCACUGACUUCACUGAUUACAUCCUGACCCAGGCAGAGGAGGAGGGCGGCAGCUUUAAUGAGCGCUGUGUGGUUGGUGCUGCCUUCCGUGGCAGCAGCAGCCAGUUUACUGAAGCAACGGCCUACUUCAACAAUGAGGGCUACCACACACCUGCCACGGCUCUCAUGAUGGUGGACAAUGCUCUGUUUAAACUUGUAGCAGGGCCAAAUGCUUCCAUCGAGACAGGAAAUUACCCCAUGCCACGCAACCUGUCGGAGAUCGCCUGGAGUCAGCUGACAGAGGGUAAGACCAGCUUUGCCAUCGCCAUCAACCUGAUGUACGGCAUGGCCUCCCUCUCCAGCACCUUCGCCCUUCUGCUCGUCACAGAGUCCGCCCUUAAGUCCAAGCACGUGCAGCAGGUCAGCGGCGUCUACCUGUCAAACUUCUGGUUUUCGGCGCUGCUGUGGGACCUGAUCAACUUCCUGCUGCCCUGUCUUCUCAUGUUGGUGGUAUUCCGGGCGUUUGGAGUCAAGGCCUUCGUAGAGGAUAACCAUCUGGUCGAUGUGUUGCUGUUACUGUUACUCUACGGCUGGGCUGUGGUGCCUCUUAUGUACCUACUCAGCUUUUUCUUCUCCACUGCUGCCACUGCCUACACUCGCCUGACCAUCUUCAACGUGAUCUCUGGCACGGCCACGUUCCUGGCUGUCAUCAUCAUGACCAUCCCAGAGCUGAAGCUGCAGGACCUGUCACGCUUAUUGGAUAAGGUGUUCCUGAUCUUUCCAAACUACUGCCUCGGAAUGUCCUUCUGCCAGUUCUACCAGAACUAUGAAUUCAUGUCUCUUUGUACGUCCAGCCCUCUCAGCCAGGCAAUCUGCAAGCACUUUAACAUCACAUACCAGACAAACGUAUUCUCCAUGUCGGAGCCUGGUGUGGGACGCUUCCUUGUGGCCUUUUCAAUUCAGGGAGUGGUCUUCAUUAUUCUGCUGUUUGUCAUCGAGCUGCAGUUUGUCCGCACUCUCUGGAGAAUUGUCACCUCCCUGUGCAGACGACGCAAACAGUUACCUCUAAUAGAGGAUGCAGCGCUCCUUCCAGAGGACAGAGAUGUGGCCGAUGAAAGGAAGAGGGUCCUGGAGUGCCAGCCGAUAAUAGAGUCUAUGGUCGGCAGCCCCCUUGUUCUGCAGGAGCUCAGCAAGGUGUACAGCAGCGGGGCAAAUCUUCUGGCUGUGGACCGGCUGUCUCUGGCUGUUGGAAAAGGCGAGUGUUUUGGCCUCCUGGGCUUCAAUGGAGCAGGGAAGACCACGACCUUUAAGAUGCUGACGGGUGAUGAGAGCGUAACCUCCGGGGACGCUUACAUUGAUGGAUACAGCGUUUUGAGGGACAUUAAAAAGGUGCAGCAGCGCAUCGGUUACUGUCCCCAGUUUGACGCUGUGUUGGACCACAUGACAGGGAGAGAAACUCUGAGUAUGUAUGCUAGGCUCAGAGGCAUACCAGAGAAGUAUGUGUCCGGCUGUGUGGAGAACGUCCUUAGGUCACUGCUGCUGGAGCCUCACGCUGAUAAACUGGUCCGCAGCUUCAGUGGUGGUAACAAGCGGAAGCUGAGUGCGGGCAUGGCUCUGAUCGGUGGGCCUCCGGUCAUCUUCCUGGACGAACCCUCGACUGGGAUGGACCCUGUGGCGAGGAGGCUGCUGUGGGAUUCUGUUACACGCACACGAGAGUCUGGCAAAGCCAUAGUCAUCACUUCUCAUAGUAUGGAGGAGUGUGAGGCCCUGUGCACCAGGCUGGCAGUGAUGGUCAAUGGCCAGAUGAAAUGUCUCGGGAGUCCCCAACACCUUAAGAGCAAGUUCGGCAGUGGCUACACUCUGCUGGCUAAAGUGCACGUGGAGGCUGAGCUGGAAGACAGUGACCUGCAUCUGUUUAAAGACUUCAUUGAAAGCACCUUUCCAGGAAGUCAACUAAAGGAUUCACACCAGGGGAUGGUACACUACCAUUUGACUGACAAGACACUAACCUGGGCCCAGGUGUUUGGCACUUUGGAGGCAGCCAAAGAGAAAUACAGCAUUGACGAUUACUGCGUGAGCCAGAUAUCACUGGAGCAGGUGUUCCUCAGCUUUGCCCAGUUCCAGCACUGCAUAGAGAGUGGGAAGAAGUAGGUGGAGUGAGGAGUCCGUCCAUCCAUCGUCCAUUUUACUCAGUGUGUGUGUGUGUGUGUGUGUGUGUGUGUGUGCGCGUGUGUGUAUGGAUUUACAGUUACAUAGCAGUUGUGUAAACAGGCUGGAGCAGAGUACGAUUUAUCUCCUGCUCCAUUUUUACUUUGCCCAACAACACUUACACAAACACGUAAACACACACACACACACACCCACACACACACACACACACACACACACACACACACACACAUACACACACACACACAUACACACACAUACACACGCACACACUGGGCCCGUCCCUAACUUCAGCAUUUCUACUACUGUAUCCUGCUGGUGUAUUUGUUGGCUCACUCAUGCCGUCCUUGUUGUUGUGUGAUGGGAAAGUAGGAAAUGGGGAUGUUGUUUAUUCCAAGUGAUGAACUCUAAUGCACCUUUUAGUGAGGUCAAAGGUCAUUGACACCACUCAUUAGAAACGACCACUACUCUUAAUUGUGUGUGACAAGGUGUGUGUGUGUGUCUGUACGUACAGCUUGUCUUUUUGUUAUUUAUGAUUUAUUAUGAUUUAGUUUCAGAGACUUCGAGCGUUAUUGUUUUGGUGAUCGUCAGUCACCAUGAGAGAGUGACCCACUCUUAUUUGAUAGUUUAUGAAAAUGUUGCACACCAUUACGCCUUAUCUAACUAAUGAGGGUUUGCUUCUUUUUAUUGCUCAAUAUAAAACAAUGUAAAUAAUGUGGUGUUUUCAUGGUACUAAAGCCAGUUAGUCAUUCAGAACAAAGAAGAACGGCUACUCUUUUAAAGACUGUUUUUUUGGCUCAUUAAUGAAUGCAUGCAUAAAAUACGACUUACCGAGCGCAUGAUGAUGAUUAUCAUGAUGAUGAUGAUUAUCAUGAUGAUGAUGAAGAUGAUGAUGAAGAUGAUGAAGAAGAACACUGGAAGACCGUCCUUUCUGCAGAGGAGUACGUUUACUCCCGUCUGAGUACAUAUAAUAUGCCUCUUAUGAACCAAUGAUUCUGUUUUUGCUGCCAAACAAGUUACAGCAUCAGUUUAUGUCGCAGCCAUUAGAAUUUAUGCAGAAGCUAUUUGGAGAGAAAAUCGCUUUAUGACGCACGCGAUGCUGUUGCAGUAAAACAGCAGGAAUAGACCUCAAGUUGUAUCAGACUGCAUGUGAUCGCUUUGGACCAAGAAGAGCAAAGACUGCAACGACCUUUGGGGUGUUUUUGAACAUGUAUUUCUUUUUUUUCCCGCAGCUAUGCAUUCCACAUGGUAAACCUGUGUAAAUAUAUGUGUGUAUGUGUGUGAGGAAGCGAGAGAAUGACAACAAAUUAUUCCUGAAUUCAUCCAGACUAAAGUAAACCAGUGCUACGAUAUGAGAACCAAGAGAUUGUCCCUGUGCAGUGGACAAACUUUACUGCUGUGUCACAUUUAGCGUGUAGCUGCUCCUUUAGGAAAUGCAAUAAAAAGGAUGAACAGUUGUAUGGGUGGUAAAGGCAAACACAGUCCCCUGCACACAAACAGACGCCUUGUCCUGAGGAAGAAGAAUCAGCGCAGUGUUUGUUGCUCUUUCAUCCCACAGCCUAGUUGGUACUUUAAAGAACCUGGAAAACGUGUGUUCUAUUCCAUAGGCUUCUUAUGAUUUUUCGCAUGUAAUGAUGAGAAACAUUAUUAUUUUUAUCUCCUGCUUGCCGUCCAUCAGUCAGAUGAAUGUAUUUUUUCGCGUCUUUCACAAAAGCAAGAAGCACUCGACGUUGAUCAGUUUUGUCACCAACUCUGUAUGAUUUACGGCACUUUCUUCAUGUUACUGUCAGAUGUGUGUAGAAAAUAAAAAUAAGAGACUGACAUUCCAGGAAGACACUGAUUUGUGGCUUAUUGGUCUUAGAAGGUUUGAACAUCUUCAUAUUUUCAUGUUUUGUUUGUGUGUAUCUGCACAAUUCAUUGUUUCCUUACACUGUAUGACUUGAAUCAACUGCACAUUCGGAUACGUGGUUAUAGGAACAUGGGAAUGUUUGAACUGCUGAUACUAUAAGAAUUGAGUGCUGAAAUACAGUGUGUCAUAUUUAAAAGGGGAAUUUACAUCAGUGUAAUUGUGUACUGUACUGUACCAUGGAACUUACCUUGUCAACUGUAUUUGUGUCGCUAUUCUUUUUAAAUUAAAUAAUGCUCUACGCACAUGGAAGCAAA